UCUUACUCGCCAAGGGAUUGCAAGUUCCCUAUAAAAUGUCAUGGUAGUGAUUUUCUAUUCCCAACUAAUGGUUAUUACAAAUGAUUGAAACCCUUUUGCAAGAUGAUUUAAUAACACAGGGUAUGAGAUGAGAUUCGGCAUAAGCAAAUUCCACUUACAACCUCCCAAAUCAAACCAAGCCCUUCAAUAUCUCCUUAAAUCCAAUAAAACCAUUCAAGUAAUAUCAUUAUUUAAAGAGUUAUUAAGAAAAAAUCCCUCUUCAAUUGAUAGCUUCUCUUUCUUGUUUGUGUUAAAAGCUUGCACCCAGAAAUCAGCAUCAUUUGAAGGAAAGCAAUUACAUUGCAGCCUUCUGAAAUCUGGUUUCUUAUCCAUUAUUCAACUUCAAACCUCUCUUCUCCAGAUGUACUCGGCAACAAGAAAUCUCACUGAUGCACACCACAUGUUCGAUCAAAUGCCGCUUAAAAACAUUGUCUCUUGGACUGCGUUAAUUUCUGCGUACGUUGAUAACCACAAACCAAGCGAAGCCAUUGAGCUUUUCCGACAGAUACAGGUGGGUAAUGUAGAACCUGAUCAAGUAACAAUGACUGUCUUGAUUUCUGCCUGUGCUCAUCUUGGUGCACUGGAAAUGGGUGAACGGAUUCAUGCUUAUAUAUGCAGUAAACAAGCGUUAAAUGUGGAUUUAAGCUUGAGGAAUGCGCUGAUUAACAUGUAUGCAAAAUGUGGGGACAUUCAGACUGCGAGACAAGUGUUUGAUAAGACCAAUAUAAAGGAUGUAACGACUUGGACAUCCAUGAUUGUGGGACAUGCAUUACAUGGACAACCAAAAGAAGCUCUGAAACUCUUUGAAGAAAUGAAAGAAACCAACAAGAGCUCCAGGAAGAAGAAGAAACAGAAGAGGGUGAUGAAUGUUGUGGAAGGGGAAGUGUUUUUUGUUGUUCCUAAUGCUGUUACUUACAUAGGUGUUUUGAUGGCCUGCAGCCAUGCAGGGAUGGUAGAAGAAGGGAAACACCACUUUACUAGCAUGAGGGAGGAUUAUGGGCUGGAGCCUAAUGACUCUCACUAUGGCUGCAUGGUGGCUUUUUGUCGAGCUGGUCUUCUAGUAGAAGCUCAAGACUUCAUAUUGAAGAUGCCAACGAAACCAAAUGCUGUAGUUUGGCGGACAUUGCUUGGUGCUCGUAGUCGCAAUGCGAACAUUGAGCUCGGUAGUGAAGUUAGACGAAGAUUACAUGAACUCGAACCAUGUCAUGUAGGCGAUUACAUUGCCAUGUCUAAUAUCCUUGCAGCUAAAGGCAUGUGGGACGAGAAGCUGAUAGUCAGAAACCAGAUAAAGGAGAGAAGGGUUCCUGGUUGUAGUUCAAUCGAGGUCGAAAGUAGGAUUAGUGAAUUUGUUUCCGGGGUUAACGAUCAUCCUUUAGUGGCAGAUAUACAUGAAGUCCUUGAGCAUUUGCUUGUUAAUAUGAUUGCUUAUGGCUACUCACCCAAACUUUAAGAUUAAAAGAUUAGUAAUUAACAAGUCUUGCCAUAGAGACAAAGGAUGAAACUAGGACAGCCUUGUCAUUUUGUAUCUUUAUUCAAAUGUAACCACAGUGAGUCCUUUUUCUUUUU